AUGAGUUACAACCAUCAGCAUGUUUCUCAUCAGCCCCUAACCCCCUCAGGGCCCUGUCCUCCACCAGGGCCAGACUUCCCUCCACCGCCAACUCCAGUUGGAUAUACCCGUACUCAUCAUUCGCCCUCACCACCACAACCAGGCUAUCAAGGUUACUGUUAUGAGGGCUACCCUUCAUCAUCACCUGGGCUGCUUCUUCCACGCCUGCCUCCUAGGAAUGAUUACACUCACAAUGGUUGCACUUCCUUCCUGACGGGGUGUUUGGCUACUCUUUGUUGCUGCUGCUUAUUGGAGGACUGCGUCUUUUAACCAUUAUCUGUCUGGAUUGAUAAUUUUAGGUUACGAUUAUUGUCAACCGGUGGAAUGGAUUCUACUCUGAAACUCUUUUAUAUAAUUAUGGUAAUGCUUUGGUGAAUGGAUUUGUUUUGGUCGUUAAAA